AUGGCUACCAGAGUUUACAUCGGUCGUCUUCCAAGGGAUGCCCGUGAACGGGACGUUGAGAAACUGUUUCGGGGCUAUGGAAAUAUCAGGGAAAUCAAACUUAUGAAUGGCUUUGGCUUUGUGGAGUUCCGUGAUCAUCGUGACGCCGACGAUGUUGUAUAUACCUUCAACGGCAAGACCUUUUUGGGUGAGAAAUUGAUUGUCGAAUAUGCUCGUGGCGAGCGACGACGUCGUGAUCGGGAUGACCGUAGAGACAGAGACAGGGACGAUCGCAAAUACAAGGAUAAGGAUAGGGAUGAUCGUCGCCGGGACGACCGCGACCGCGAUCGUGGUGGGAGGCAUGUUGCACCAGUCCUGGAACAUCGGUUUGCUCCGCCUCAGAGAAAUCCGCAGUACCGGUUGAUUGUCGAGAACUUAUCCUCAAGCUGUAGCUGGCAGGAUUUGAAGGAUUUGAUGCGCAAGGCAGGCGACGUCACAUUUGCUGAUUGCCAUAAAGACCGCGAAGGAGAAGGUGUCGUUGAAUUCUCCUCAUAUGAGGACAUGAAGGCAGCGUUAAGGAAGUUUGAUGACACUGAACUGAAAGGAAAACAUAUUAUUCUGCGCGAGGCUCCUGAUAACGACACUGAGCGCGAUCGUCUAGGUCAAAGUCGGGAGGUCCCAAUGGCAAGGAACGCGGAUCUCGAUCGUCGUCUCCUCGACGUCCCCGUGAAGAGUCCCCUAGUCCGAAGAGAAGUCAAUCCAGAAGCAGUGACGGCAAUCGUGAAGAUGACAAGUGAGGAUGACUGGAAUAUGGAGGCCACUGGCUAG